AUGUCUCGCGACUCCAACGCAACCUACCUCCACUUCCACGCCUCACACCACGCCGAUCUCCUCGAGGACUUCACGCAGUCUAACACCCAGCUACCCGAUGAAGAGAUCCUUGUCCCGCAUUAUCUCCAGCCGCUGAACCCCGAGGACGAAGACGACGUGGUGCCAGACCAGCACGCUGCAUUUGGCAUUCAGCGCGCGACGCAGGGCAAGAAGGAGAUACACUGGCGCGACCUAGGGCUCGACGAGAUAGCGAGAAGAGCACCCGCGGAUGGCACAACUAGCGGCACCAAUGCCGGACCGGCAGGUGCGAGCUCCAGAGCGGCAGCGCUGCAGACUCGGGACGAGCCUGUGAUGCUAGCACUGAGGAGAAGGCCUGGUGCUGGCAGUGCGAGCGCUAGUGUAGCUCUGCCUACUUCCACUGCACAGGCGAGCGCAGGGGGAGCUGGAAACGGACUACCACGAUGA